CAACGGUUCAGGGCCCACUAAAGCCUCAAUCCAACGGCCCAUAUUCGCCCAAUCCAUUUCCCAAUCGCAUUAUCAGUGCUUAAUGCUAUUGUCACUACCCUCCUCUUCUUGAAUUUCCCCCAUCAUUUGUGCCCCUUCUUUAUACACAGAUAAUACUACUAAUUCUGCGUUGUGAAUUUUUAAUAUUUUCUACUGAUUUACUGGGUUGAAUUUGAUUUUUUUUUAGUUCAUGAGAAGUGUGGUUUUUUAUUUGGAUUUGGUUUUGAUUAGAACAUGGGUUUUAUUUGUUGAACUAUUUUUUUAUGAGAAGUUUUUGAUGGAGAAAGGAUAGGGUUUUAAAGGGUUAAAGAGAUGGAUAAUUGUUGGCAGAGGAAAUGUGGGUCAAUGUGGCAGUCAACGUCUCCACCACUUGUUUCUUCAUCACUCCCGGAUUCCCAUUCUCAGUUUCCUAAUGCAGGUCAACAUUUUUACUCAAGCAUUCCUCAAGAUUCAGUGUCACUGGGAAAUGGAAUAGUACAGCAGUCUACUCUUCCAUGGAAUUCAAAUUCAGUUGUGGAUAACUCUAAUCCCACUGAGUUCAGUGGUUCAUUCAUAUCUUUUCUUUCUGGUCCGCUGCCCUCUUUACAAGGGGAGUUUCAGCAAUCAUCAAAUUUAAAAUCAGUCUUCAUGCUGAAUGAAAAGCCAAUAAAUCGUAACAAUGCCAAUGGAUCUGCUUCUACCAAUGGACCAGUGCUUGUACCUGCUGUGGAAUUGUCACAAUAUUUUAGCAGCCACAAGUUAAAAGCUGGAGAUACUCUUAAACCAACUGCUGUAAUAAACCAUCCAAGACAUGAAAUGGCUAAGCCAACUGCUCCAUCCCAUUAUGUUGGUAAUGAGAAACUAAAGCAUUUUUCUUUUCCAAGAGGGACUUCCGAUGCAGAAUCAAUCCCAAAUAGUGCCAUGAAGUUCAAUGACAUACCUGGUAUUCUGACAUCUAGAAAGGUUUUUCUGGAAACAGGAUCUUCUGGGCAGUUGUCUCCAGCGCUGAGCAGCUAUCCCCGUGUGUUCUGCUUGGGCUUAAGUGGAUACCUGGUUCUCAGGGAUACUGGUCUUCUUGGAGUUAUUUGCUUGUGCCAUGGUUCACAUAUGUCUAUUUCUAGGUUCUGUGAGCAUUCUGGUUUAUCUGAUGUUAAUCCUGGGAAUGCUGUUUGUAUGGACAGUGGUGUAACCAUAGCUCAUUGGCGGAAGGUCUUCUUCCAAGAACUAGGGAUUAGGGCUCCUGAUGAUCAUGGUGGAUGGGACUGGCCUGAAGUAUUUCCAGUGAGUACUGGUUUGAGAGAGUUUUAUCCAUCCCUUCCCAAUUUAUCUCCAAAUGCUGAGCAGUCUCAUGCAUUAGGAGCUUCAAGUGGAGCUGGACAGUCAUGGAACAAUAUGUUUAUUUCAAAGAACCCUCAGCGUCCGACAUUGUCAAACUUAGAUGGGAUACGAGACCCACAGAAUGGUUCUUCAUUCAUUUCAGCUUAUAUUGGUUCAAACUCUAAGGACACAAAUACCUUUAACUCUCUUCCAGAUCUCAAAAUUUCAAAACCUCUUGGUAUCAACAGUUCGCUAAUGCAAAUGGAUGGGAGUAGUAUCUCCUCAAGUAUUGAGUUGAGACUUGGGCAUCCAUCCCAGCAAAGCAAAAAGUUUGGAACUUCAGCUCAACAAUCUUUUGAGUAUCAAAUUGUCAAACCAAUGGAGUAUCAACAAUCAUUGUUUCCAGAGACCCUUAUGCAUAAAGCAGUUGAAUCACGUCCAGUGGAAGAAAGCAGGUCAAAUUUUCAUAUGUUGAAUUUGAGUCCAAGAAGUGGAAAGGGCCAGCUGGAUCUUGUCAACUCUGCCUAUGGACUCCACAAUGCAACAGGUGAAUCCAGAAUGAGAGAUUCGGUAUUUCCUAUGCUUCAAGCACGCUUCAAGGGUCCUUCAGAAGGAAUACCGUACUCUGAAGCUGCCAAAAAUAUGGUUAAUAUAAGUCAUAUUCCACCUGGAGAACCUCAGUGUAAAUCCUUUACUCUAAAGUGCGACCAAACUGAUUUUCAUUGUGCUAGAGGUAAUAUAACUAAUAAGGAAUUUAAAGUUGACACUUCAUGUGCUCUUGGACAUGGGAACAGUGAUAAAGGUGUGGCCAACAAUAUUGCUAAUUUACAUGGUGCCACUGAAUUAAACUUUGGACUCUACUCCAAGUAUUAUGAAAAUAAAACGACUGUUAAGAGAGUUGUAGAAGGAAUCAGUCAUAGCAAUUGCUUGGCCUUACAUGAGAAGAACCUUUACUUGUGCAAGCCCUACGGUAUGAUGAUGGAUAUGCCUGAUGCUCAGAACACCCUUAAUUUGUAUGGAAAGACAUCCUUAAUUUCCCAUAAUGGAACCUUUGAUAAUGGUAGUAUCAGAUCUGUCUGUAAAUCAAUGGACUCUAGAGCAGCUCCAGCAUCUCAGGCAGUUACGUUGGAGUUUCCAUUAUCAAGUUCAACUCUAAUUGGAAAUCGAACUCUACAGUCAUCUGGCAAAGAGAGCUUGAAUGGAAGGCCGAUUGAACUCACUGAGAAUCCAAGAAUGCAAACCUUGCAACGGGGGUUGGAAUUUCCUACUCCGGUGCCUGUUAGUUCCUCUACCAUAGCCACCAAAGAGCAUGUGCUAUGCAGGAAUCCCUUUGGCAGAGCGCCAACAUCCAUAAACCAGUUAUAUGAACCCAAUGUCGCAAAUGCGCCGCAUGCAUCUAAGACUGCAGCUGUAUCUGCCUUCCCUGCGGUUAGUGAUUACAUGGGAAAACAUAGUCAACUUAUAGCACCUAAUACUGAUCUGCUUGAAGGUUGCAAUUUUUCAGCUCUCUCACAUGGAGGAUCUCUGCAUGCUCAAGACUCAGAAUUGCACUGUCAGCUUUCCACUGAUUAUACUGCAGUUCACUGGCCUUACCUUAGACAUGGAGAUUCUGAAAGCAAUAUUACUCCUUCAGUUGAGCAAGCAAAAUGCUUUCAGGUGGUCCCAAAUUCGUUUAUGUCUUACCGCUGUAGCUGUGCUGUUCAGCCAGACACUUCCCUUGAAAAACAUUGUUUCAUUGGUGAACCUCCGCAUACUACUCGGAUAGAACAGAGAGGAGUUUCUGGCUGCAUUAAGAAGAAUUUAUUUGCUUGUAAGUUGAAUGACAGUCAGAAGUUUCCCUUGGAGAAUGUGGCCUCUUUGGAACAAAAUAGUAAUUUAAUGGGGCAUAAGAUAAACAAAAUGGAGUGUCACUCUUCUCAAUGGAGAGAUGUUCCCAAAAAGGUGACAGGAGCAGUUAGUCUGACAUGUAAGGAACAGACAAGAAGUUUCCUGACCGUGAAUGAAAAAAUGAGGGGACAAAGUGCAGAUACUGGUGGAAAAAUACCCAAUUGUGCUGUAGCUUUUCAAAAUGUUGAAUGUUUAAAGGAGCCAGAAAUGUCCAAUGUUUCAUCUGGAGGAUCUACGCCUGUUGUUACUGAGGUAUCUGCUGUGAUUCAUGACAAAUAUUUCUCUACUGCUGAUGGUCAAAAUACUGUGGCAACUAAUGCUGCAGUAGAUGAAGGAUCAGGAAUCGACAGAUGCUGGUCAUCUAAUGAUGUGCAGUGCAGUGAACAAAGUGCAGAGUUCUUCGGUGUUGCUUGCGAAUUCAACCCCAUAGAUGCAGGGCCAUCCAAAAGGCUUGCUGAUAAUUCUUCUCGUAGUCUGAUUGACGAACUUAGACUAAGGGAUUCCUUAAGAGUGAACAAAAUACAGAACCUUUCUAGGUUCAGCAUUCAGGAAAAGAGCCGUAGUAUUCAGAAAGUGGCUGAUAUAUCCAAUAAAGUGAUUAGAAAAAGAACCAAGUGGAAAAAGUUGGAUACAACAUUUCCUGCCGUCUACUCUGCUUGUGGCUAUCCAGAGGGCACUUGUUGUGCUGGACUACAAUGUCAUUCGUGCAAGUAUAAAAAAACUGCCCUCCCAUCUGAUGAUGGCAGUGCAGAAGAAUGUGCAUAUUCCAUAGAACCAAGUUUCAGAGAGAGGAGGUUCAGAAUACGUUCAUUGAAUACUCUUUCUUGUAAUAGCAAAGUUAAUUGCCAUGAAGGAAAAACUAUUGGUAUUCAGUCAGAUCUUUUGAAGGUUGGUGAUGAUGAUACCUUUGUAACUUGUGAAUUACCAAGAGGAAAGAGGCCGAAGUUGGAUACUGCAACACAUGUUAGGCAGAUAGACGAGGAAGUUAAUCUAGGUGAUGAAGCAGUAGCUAGGUGCAGUUUGGUAGAUACCUCUAUGUCUUCUGAGAUGCAUGGGAAGGUUUCUAGAAGGGAAGUGAGACCUAUAGUGUGUGGGAAAUAUGGUGUAAUUUCUAAUGGCAAUCCAUCAAAACCAGUUAAAUUUGUUUCUCUGAGAGAAAUUUGUGAUUCAUUGGCAAAGUGUAGCUUCUCUGGAAACUACACUGCGAAAAUGACUUCUGCAAAAUUCAGGAAGGCAAGUGCAAAAGGAAAACAUCAACGCGUGAACAAUUCUUGGAAUCUCAAGAAAGAUGGGAGCUGCAAUGCGCAUCAUGUUGUAACUGCCAAAAAAUCUAAAAGUCAUCUCUUGACAUCUAGUGAAUUGGAUAAUUGCUAUGGAGAUGAACUAGGGGCUGGUUUAUUCUACUCUCUAGAGAAGAGAAGGUAUGAUUGCCUUGUAAAAACUGGUAAUAUUGCAGAUGAUUCUCUGCCAACUCAACAGAAGCCAAAGUCUAAGGAGAUUCACAAACGAGGCCUUUUUGAGUCGAAACUUGAAGGCAUUCAUCCAGGAGAAGGAGGUUCUACUUGUGCUCGAACUGAGGGAUACAAGGGUCGCAAAAAGGAAGGAGUGCGGUAUAAUUUUCCUCAGUAUUCUGAGUCUGGUGGUGGAUGCCUUGUUGCCCAGGAGCAGCUAAAUGCCUGAAUUCACAUAACCGGACAAAAGCGAUCUAGAAAAGAGGUUUCAAGGCUUCCACCUAAAGAUGCUGAAUAUGAUUAUCGGAAGGAAUAUGCUCGCUAUAAACACUCCAAAGGGUGGAAGAGUUUGGUUGUAUACAAAUCUGGCAUUCACGCGCUUGGUCUUUACACAUCUAGGUUUAUUUCACAAGGCGAAAUGGUUGUUGAAUAUGUGGGUGAGAUAGUGGGGCUCCGUGUGGCUGACAAAAGAGAAAUAGAUUACCUGUCAGGAAAGAAAUUGCAGUAUAAGAGUGCUUGUUACUUCUUUAGGAUUGAUCAAGAGCAUAUAGUCGAUGCAACCCAAAAGGGAGGGAUUGCUCGAUUCGUGAACCAUUCAUGCAUGCCAAAUUGCGUUGCCAGAAUCAUUUCUGUGAGGAAUGAGAAGAAGGUAGUAUUUUUUGCCGAGAGAGACAUCUAUCCUGGAGAAGAGAUUACAUAUGACUACAACUUCAACCAUGAAGAUGAAGGCAAGAAAAUCCCCUGCUACUGCAAUUCGAAGAAUUGCCGGCAGUACUUAAACUGACAGAACUUGAUACUUGUUCGACCGAAUUUUAUCUGGGAACCAGUUGAAGUAAAUGGAUGUAAUUCUUUGGCCUCUGCACCAAUGUCCUCACGAAUGUUAUAUCUUGUAAAUUUGUAUGUAAAUAAAUACUUCAUUAUUGUGUUAACAUCUAGAUCUGCAGCUUCUUACCCCGUC